UAUAGAGUCAGAUACUGCAAGAAGUGGAUUAGAAAAGAGGUUAAAGAUGAAAAAGACUGGGAAAAAGAAUCAAGAUGCUAUAAAUGGAAAAGAUGAAAAAGCGGGUGAAACUGUUCAAAAAGUUCCUGUAAAUUUCGGUCUCCAAUUUUCCGACUUGUGGGAAAAUCCGGAACUUGUAUUAACCAAUAUGGCGACCUCCAUCUCGAAAGCCGGUAGAGCAAUUCCAGAGUUCCUUUUAGCAAAGUUCCCGUAUGUUCAGGCAAUAUCAUUAAUCAUGCUGUUGGCAGAAAGAGCCCUUAAAAUGGAGAAGUAUCCCCCAAUGCAUCCCCACCUUAUUUAUGGGAUAGCCGUGGUUUGUUUCAUCACCGGGUGCAUGAUGACAGCUAAAAUUAAACUGAGAUUUGCUACACUUGUAUACUCCUCAGUACUUGUAUACCUCACCAUUAAUGCAUACACUAACAGGCAGUUCAACUACUCAAGACAUGUUAGGAAUCGUAUAGCAAGCAGACAUGCAGGAUGUUUAGGUGUAUACUUGAUUUAUUCAUUCAUCAAAAGCAACCGACAGUCUAACUUAAUACACAGGAUUGGAGAACUGUGUAUAUCAGCGUACCUCCUCGGAUCAGCGUAUCUAAUCAACGAAAGCUAUGAAGACAAGCGCGCAGUUCUUGAAAAUAUCCCUGGCGGGAAUUACGCGAGAUAUUUCUUAACCAUAAUCUUCACAUGUGCUGGACUGUGCUUCAUUUCUGGUUAUUUCCUAAGAGAUAUUUCCAUGUCGAUGGCAUUCUUGAUCGGUGCGAUAACAAUUUUAGUGGAUAUGAAAUUCUCGUACUGGUCAUAUCGUGGAAUGGCUUACUGGAACCAGAUGAGGAUUGUUAUAGAUAAUUUGAACCUGUUGACGGGAUUUUUUGUGUUCAUGAUUCAUUAUGAAAACAUCGCUAGAGCGGAUGCGGAAGCAAUACAGAGAGCAAAGGAGCAGGAAGAGCAGGAAUCUGAUGAGGAGCAUGAUAAGCAAGAGUGAAGUUUUAUCAUCGCUAAAAUAUCAUCUGUUUGAAUCUGGUCAGCAAUUUGUCAUUAACGUAGCAAUGCUCAAAGUGGCUGAAUUUUUUUUUUAUAACCAUCUUAAGAGUGAAAUCAAAAUGAUAAGAAUUUUACUUUGCACACAAGGCCAUGUAUAGCAUAAGUUCAAAAAUCUUGUGCCACCUUCUUGAAGUUGUAUAAAGAAGUGGCAGAGGUAUACCUACAUUAAAUUUUAUAAGCUUAAUUAUGUUAAAUUAUGUUAACAGGCUUUUUUUAAUUGAAAAUGAUACAAGAAAUUAGCCAGUAUUAAGUUAAUUAAUGCAAAAAAAAAAUUUUUUUACUCAGAAAUCCAUUUUUGUGUCGCCUCUACGGAGUAGUGGCGACAUAUAGGGAUCACUUCUCCGUCGUCUGACUGUCCGUCUGUCUGUCUGUCCGUCCGUCCGUCUGUCACAAAACUUGUCCGGACUACUCCUCAUAAACUACUGGUGCAAUUUCAUCCAAACUUUACAAGAAUGAUCAGUACCAAGUCUAGUUGUGCAUAUUGUCAGCAUUUUCAGUUUCAAUGAUUUUUGUCAGAGUUAUGGCCCUUUAAUAAUUUUUAAUUUUAAAGUUUGUCCGGACUACUUCUCUUAUACCACUAAUGCAAUUUCAAUGAAACUUUACAGGAUUGAUCUGUAGCUCAAGUCCUUGCGCAUAUUGCAAGGGUUUUCCGGUUGAAGGAUUUUUGGCCGAGUUAUGGCCCUUUGAUAAAAAGGUUUCUUUUUCUGUGUGUUGCCAGAUACACAAAAGCUUGUCCGGACUACUCCUCAUAAACUACAGGUGCAAUUUCAUCCAAACUUUACAGAAUGAUCAGUACCAAGUCUAGUUGUGCAUAUUGUCAGCAUUUUCCGGUUCAAUGAUUUUUGUUUGAGUUAUGGCCCUUUAAUAAUUUUUAUUUUUAAAGUUUGUCCGGACUACUUCUCUUAUACCACUAAUGCAAUUUCAAUGAAACUUUACAGGAUUGAUCUGUAGCUCAAGUCCUUGCACAUAUUGCACGGGUUUUCCAGUUGAAUGAUUUUUGGCUGAGUUAUGGCCCUUUGAUAAAAAGGUGUUUUUUUUCUGUGUGUUGCCAGAUACGCAAAAGCUUGUCCGGACUACUCCUCAUAAACUACUGGUGCAAUUUUAUCCAAACUUUACAGGAAUGAUCAGUACCAAGUCUAGUUGUGCACUGUCUGUCUGUCCGUCUGUCACAAAAUUUGUCCCAACAUGAAAUUGGCCAUAAUGAGGCAACACAUGUGAUUACUGAUCGCUCUUGUUUUCCAAAUAUCUUCAAAUGUCAAACAUGUCUUUGUGUUUUAUUAACUGAAAAAACUAGGACUGAACUUUCUGUAAUGUGUUGUAAAGUAAGCAAAAUGUAAACAAAAUAGUAUUUUUGACUUCCAUACAAAAUAUUAAUUCACUAUAAUUAAACCAACUGCCAUCAGAGCAAAAGAAGCAACAAAUAGUUUAACUUUGUGGCAAAUGAGUAAAUUUUUGGAAACUGUAACAAGACACCAAAAAUAAAAAAGUUUCUGAGCAAUAAAAAUGAUUGCCUGUCUAAGGGAUAAUGGGCCUUUAAGAAUAUGGAACAAAUUUUUUAUUAUAAUUUAUCCUGAACAACCCCAAUGUUAUGUAUUUUUUACUUGAGAAGUAUUAAGAUUUUCACACAUUUGUUACUGAAUUUAUAUUAUUUUUUAACUUUUCAUAGCUCAAAUGUUUACCGUUUUCAUAUUUAUAACUGUACUGGUAUGUGUAUUUAUCAACUUUGUUAUUUAUUUUUGCAUAGAACUUUAGUGAACUGUUUGUUAUAUCUUUUUACUGAUCUCUUAUACAGGAGGUAUCAUGUUAACAUUUUGUUCAGUAAAUGACAUCAUAGACUUGUGACAUCGAAAAAAAAGAUAAACUCACCUUUACCCUGUUGAAGGCAAAAGUGAUUAGUGUUUUCCACCAGUAUAGAGCCAGGCCAGCCUGUACAUCUGUGCAGUCUGACCAGGCUCUACACAGUUGUCUGGCCAACUUGAAAUUCUCACCUUGAUA